AUUUUUUUUCCAUUUCACAGACGCUCUCAUCUUCUCAGUUCUCCCAGAGAGAAAGAGCUCUGUUCCUGUGUAGUUCGUAGAAACCAUGCUGUCGGGGGACAUUCCGCCUAAUCAAACGAUAUACGUCAAGAAUUUAAACGAAAAGGUUAAGAAAGAAGAAUUGAAGAGAUCACUUUAUUGUUUGUUCUCUCAAUAUGGACGAAUUUUGGAUGUUGUUGCCUUGAAGACAUCCAAACUAAGAGGGCAAGCCUGGGUUGCAUUUAGCGAAGUGACAGCUGCUAGUAAUGCAGUUCGACAAAUGCAAAAUUUUCCACUGUAUGAAAAACCCAUGAGGAUACAAUAUGCAAAAUCAAAGUCGGAUUGUGUAGCAAAAGCAGAUGGAAGCUAUGUUCCAAGAGAGAAGAAGAAGAAGCAAGAAGAAAAAGCCGAAAGGAAGCGACGCACUGAAGAAGCGCACCAAUCUGGUGUGGCCAAUGGCACUGCUGCAGAAAGCAAUGGAGGGCUGGCUGCAUUUCGCCAGGGGAAUCAAGGCGGACAAGAAGCAGCUGCUCCCAAUAAUAUACUGUUCAUACAGAACUUGCCUCAUGAAACCGAUAGUCUGAUGUUACAAUUGCUUUUCCAGCAGUACCCAGGAUUCAAGGAAGUUCGAAUGAUUGAUGCUAAGCCAGGUAUUGCUUUUGUAGAAUUUGAAGACGAUAUGCAGUCCUCCACAGCUAUGCAAGCUCUUCAGGGUUUCAAAAUCACCCCUAUGAAUCCCAUGUCCAUCACUUUUGCCAAGAAGUAGCUUAUCCUUGUCCUGGUCAUGAGAGUGUUUGUCAUUUUUUACCCAUUUCUUACUUGGAAUAUGUAACAGUCAAGAUUGAUCUUGCUUCAGAUAUGUAACAGCUGAAGUAUCUUUUGUGCACCAUGGUGGUUGUACAUCUCCAAGUGGAGCUCUAAUUGCAGAAACUUUUGCCUUUGUUUCUUUUUUUGUGGA